CCCCGUCCCUUCCUCAGCGCGCAGCGGGCCUGGGGCGCGGAGACCCAAGAGGAGCCGAGCGCUCGGGUUCCGUGUCCCCGGCCCCGUCGCGCAGCACCGAGCUUACUGAGUCCGCCCACCCUGCUAGCGGCAGGGUCCAGGCUGGUGUCCGUGCAAGGGUCCAGGAGGUCCCGGCCUGAAACGUGGGCGGCAGUCCCUCCUGGCUUCUCCCCUCAGCCAUGGACAAUCCUAGCCUUCGUGAGCUUCAGCAGCCUUUGUUGGCAGAUAUAGGCUGGGAGCCUCCUGCCCAGAAGCCUGGCAAGCCUGAGCUGGGGCCCCUUUUAAGAGAGACAGCUUUUGUGGAAUCCCUGAGGGGCUGGCAGUUCCUACUACCACCUCUUCCCUCUGUGAGUGCUGGCUUGGGGGAGCCAGGGCCUCCUGAUGAUGAGGAUGUGUCAUCCAGUGACAGUGACUCAGACUGGGAUGGGGAUGGCCAUCUCUCCCCACUCCUACCCCAUGACCACCUCGGAUUGGCUGUCUUCUCCAUGCUGUGUUGUUUUUGGCCUGUGGGCAUUGCAGCCUUCUGUCUGGCCCAGAAGACCAACAGGGCUUGGGCCAAGGGGGAUGUCCAGGGGGCAGGGGCCGCCUCCCGCCGCGCUUUCCUGCUGGGGGUCCUCGCCAUCGGGCUGGGCGUGUGCACGUAUGCGGCUGCUCUGGUGACCCUGGCUGCCUACCUUGCCUCCCGAGACCCGCCCUAGCUGUGCCCCUGCAGCUCCCACUGUGAACCCAGCGCUGGGCAGCCAAGCACAUCUGAGGGCAGAGAAUCCUGAUGGAUGAGGUGGCAGCAGCAUCCAGAGACAGGAGUGAGCUGGACUACCCCUUUCCCUUCCUGACCAUUCACCUGGUGGUGACAGCUGUGAGAUUAAACACCAGACACCCUUGCAGCCAAACCA